CAACAUCGCCUUCGUCAUCAUCAAUCCAAGUCUAACCACACGCUUUCAUUCUUGGAGUUCACAUUUUACUUGGAUAACUAUACUUCGCCGUUUGAAUUACUUCAACAUAUAAAUAGCUGAGCCCUUUCCAUUGAAAAACCUGUCAAACGCUUCUUCUUUCUUCUUCAUUUUGAUUUCCUCAAACAAAUGACAAUCACAGCAGCGCCCUGUGUGAAUGAUGGCUGCCUCAUGGUGCGGGGAAAGGUGGUUUUAACUCAUGUUCCCACCAACAUAAUCCUUUCUCCGGGAAUUUCAGGGGCAGCUUUUCUGGGUUCAACUUCACCCAUUUCCACUUCUCGCCAUGUUUUCACUCUUGGGAUCCUUGAGGGAUACAAGCAUCUAUGUCUGUAUAGAUUCAAAAUAUGGUGGAUGAUUCCAGGGUAUGGGAAAUCUGGCAGUGAAAUUCCAUUGGAGACUCAAUUGCUUCUUCUGGAAAUAAAAGAAGAAUCGAUUGUUGAAGAUGACGAUUCUUCUGGUCCUCCCACACCCACCACUUUCUAUGUUCUUUUCUUGCCCGUCUUGGAUGGUGAUUUCCGAACAAGUUUGCAAGGAACUCCUGCAAAUGAGCUCCAAUUUUGUGCGGAAAGUGGUGAUGCCAAUGUCCAGAACUCACAAAUAUUGGAGCCAGUGUUCAUCAGUUCAGGAGAUAAUCCAUUUGAACUCAUUAAGAAUUCCAUAAAGAUAUUGGAGAAGCACAAGGGCACUUUCAGACAUAUUGAAAACAAGAAGAUCCCUGCACAUUUGGACUGGUUUGGAUGGUGCACUUGGGAUGCCUUUUAUACUGAAGUGAACCCUCAAGACAUCAAAGAGGGUCUUCAGAGUUUCUCAGAUGGAGGCUGUUCUCCAAGGUACCUAAUCAUUGAUGAUGGAUGGCAAGAUACUGUAAACGAGUUCCAUAAAGAAGGAGAACCACUCAUUGAAGGGACACAGUUUGCAACUAGAUUAGUAGAUAUCAAAGAAAACAGCAAGUUCAAAAGUUUGGAAUCGGAAGCCGGGUGCAACAAUCUCCAUGAAUUCAUCAGCAUGAUCAAAGGAAAAUAUGGGUUAAAGUAUGUAUACGUCUGGCAUGCUUUAACUGGCUAUUGGGGAGGUGUACUUCCAUCAUCUGAAACAAUGAAAAAAUACAAUCCAAAGAUUGUUUAUCCAAUCCAAUCACCUGGUAAUAUAGGGAACUUGAGAGACAUUAUCCCGGACAGCUUGGAGAAGUAUGGUGUGGGGAUCAUCGACCCUCAGAAAAUCUUUGAUUUCUACAAUGAUCUCCAUAGCUAUCUCUCCAGCAAUGGCAUCGAUGGAGUCAAGGUAGAUGCCCAGAAUUUGAUAGAGACCUUAGGUUCUGGCUUCGGUGGACGAGUUUCACUGACUAGACGAUAUCAACAAGCACUCGAACAAUCUACAUCAAGAAACUUCAAAGAUAAUAAUCUGAUAUGUUGUAUGAGUCAUAAUUCAGACUCAAUUUAUAGUUGGAAAACCAGUGCGGUUGCAAGAGCAUCGGAAGAUUUCAUGCCACGAGAGCCAACAUUUCAGACCCUACAUAUUGCAUCUGUUGCUUUUAACAGUCUACUUCUUGGGGAGAUUGUGGUGCCAGAUUGGGACAUGUUCCAUAGCAAACAUGACACAGCUGAGUUCCAUGGUAUCGCAAGGGCAAUAGGGGGUUGUGCAGUGUAUGUAAGUGACAAGCCAGGCAAUCAUGAUUUUGAGAUCCUAAGAAAGCUGGUAUUGCCUGAUGGAUCGGUUCUAAGAGCUAAACAUGCUGGCCGUCCCACUCGAGAUUGUUUAUUCAGAGACCCUGUCAUGGAUGGAAAAAGUCUUCUGAAGAUAUGGAACUUGAACAAAUUAAGUGGAGUGGUGGGUGUUUUCAACUGCCAAGGAGCAGGAAGUUGGCCAUUGAAACAAACAAUUAAAGACAUGCCAAGCACACCUUUGGUCAUUUCAGGCAACGUUAGUCCCUGUGAUGUCGAGUUCAUUGAAGAUGUUGCAGGGGAAAACUGGAAUGGAGAUUUUGCAGUAUAUGCCUUCAAUUCAGGAUCUCUCUCCAGAUUGCCAAUGAAUGGAAAUAUUAAAGUGACAUUGGCCACUCUUAAAUGUGAAACAUUUACCAUUUCCCCAAUCAGAGUAUUGGGUGAGGGUGUUCAUUUUGCCCCCAUAGGAUUGCUUGACAUGUACAAUUCAGGAGGAGCAGUGGAAUCCAUUGAUGAAAACAUGAAAAAUUCUUCAGAGUUAAUCAAAAUCAAAGUUCGAGGGUGUGGCAGAUUUGGAGCUUAUACAAGCUUGAAACCAAGGUCUUGUAUGGUGGAUAUGGAAGAAGAGGAAUUCAUAUACAAUUCUGAGAACGGAUUAUUGACACUUGAUCUAACAGGUGAUUGCAAUUUUAGAGAUAUUGAGUUUAUAUAUUGAGGUAUCAUUUAACAUGUCAAAUGACAAAACUUUCAUACAGAUAUCUCUUAACUCUUUUAAGCAAUCUUAUUAACAAAUUCUUUGUAAAUCUGUUUUUCCUUAAAUAUAUGAGAAAUGAGAGUUGUACUGUGUUCUUCAA